CCGAAAUGCGUGCUGGGUCAAGGGUUUUGUGACGAAGGGAAAGGGUUUUCUGCCAUCACUGGGUUUCUCCUUCCCUCCAUUGUAGCCGCUCUCUCCAGCACCUGAAGAAGAAGCGCCGGUCGGAGGGUUGAUUUGAGCGGAGUUCCGUUUGGAUCAGGAUCGACGGGUAAAACCGACCGACAAUGGCAACCUCAAUUAUUCCUCCAUCGCCUACUACGACGGCGACUCCGCCGGCGUCCGGUUUGAAUCCGGCCGAGGCACAGAAGCAACCGGUGGAUUAUUUGAAUCUCCCUUGCCCCAUUCCGUAUGAGGAGAUUCAUCGCGAGGCUCUCAUGUCCCUGAAGCCGGAACUCUUUGAGGGAAUGCGGUUUGAUUUUACCAAAGGUCUCAAUCAGAAAUUUUCACUUAGCCAUAGUGUGAUGAUGGGACCCACUGAGAUUCCUUCUCAAUCUCCGGAAACAAUCAAAAUUCCUACUGCUCACUAUGAAUUUGGUGCUAACUUUAUAGAUCCAAAGUUGAUGCUAUUUGGGAGAGUGUUGACUGAUGGGAGGUUAAAUGCAAGACUGAAGUGUGAUUUGACUGAUAAUCUUAGUCUCAAGGGCAAUGCCCAACUUACUAAUGAGCCACAUAUGUCGCAUGGUAUGUUCAAUUUUGACUAUAAGGGAUCAGAUUACAGGACUCAGUUUCAGUUGGGGAAUGGAGCCUUGUUUGGUGCAAGUUAUAUACAGAGUGUGACACCUCAUUUAUCCUUGGGUGGUGAAGUAUUCUGGGCUGGGCAACAUCGAAAAUCUGGCAUCGGCUAUGCUGCACGUUACAAUACUGAUAAAAUGGUUGCAACGGCACAAGUUGCCAGUACUGGCAUGGUGGCUCUAAGCUAUGUCCAGAAAGUGUCUGAAAAGGUUUCUCUGGCAUCAGACUUCAUGUACAACUAUAUGUCUAGGGAUGUUACCGCCAGCUUUGGUUAUGAUUAUAUUCUCCGACAGUGCCGCCUAAGAGGCAAGCUCGAUUCUAACGGCGUGGUGGCUGCUUUCCUGGAGGAGCGAUUUAAUAUGGGCCUCAACUUUAUUCUUUCUGCAGAGUUAGAUCACCGGAAGAAGGAUUACAAAUUUGGAUUUGGACUGACGGUGGGAGAAUAGAAUCGAAACGUGAGCCCAGAUUUGAUUCCAUGUCAUGAUCUAUAUACAAGUGGUGAGAUCUCUUUCUUUCAUCCUCUGGUUUUCGAUGCAAAUAAACGAUUCUCAUCGCGGAUUUUGUAGUGGGCGUGGUUGAAAUGGAUUGGAUUUGUGAGGCAAAAAGGAAACCAGAAUAUGAUGAAAUGAUGGAUGAGAUUUAGUUAGAGAACAAGUCUGCAGCAGCAGGUUAAUUCCUCUCAACUGUAGAUUCUCCUUUUUAUAUUUUUAUGCACCUAUUCUUGGAAUUCAAACAAUUUUUGCCUUUUCAUUUCAAAUUUUAUCCUUCAUAUGCAUUAUUAUUAUUAUUAUUAUUA